AUGAAGGGUGCCCGGAUUAUUCCGCUUCUUCACGCGUGGAUGAGGAAUAUUUGUCCGGAGAUGCUGCUGCUGCUGGUGGUGCCGAUCUUCUGGUUUUUACCUGUGAGUGGAGCCGCUCCAUCUCAGACCACAGAGCAGCUGGAUCAGGGGGUGGACUGGCUGAGCAAAUAUGGCUACCUCCCACCUCCUGACCCCGUGACCGGUCAACUUCAGACCAAGGAGGCCCUGACUAAGGCCAUCAAAGCCAUGCAGAAGUUUGGAGGACUGAAGGAGACUGGCGUCUUAGACCAAGCCACCCUCGGCCUCAUGAAAACACCCAGAUGUUCUCUGCCAGAUGUGUCUGAAGCCGAAGGAGCAUUAGGCCGCAGGAGACGAAGCCCAACCCCUCAGAACAAAUGGAACAAGAGACAACUGUCUUGGAGAGUGAGGACCUUCCCAAAGGAUUCAGCUUUGCUGGGCAGGGACACUGUUCGAGCCCUGAUGUACUAUGCUUUGAAGGUCUGGAGCGACAUUGCGCCGCUUAACUUCCACGAGGUGGCAGGAAGUGACGCAGACAUUCAGAUUGACUUCACUAAGGCGGACCACAAUGACGGCUAUCCCUUUGACGGGCCGGGAGGCACGGUGGCACAUGCGUUCUUCCCCGGCGAGAGGUUCACAGCUGGAGAUACACACUUCGAUGAUGACGAGGCCUGGACCUUCAGAUCACCAGACUCCCAUGGAAUGGAUCUGUUUGCAGUUGCGGUGCAUGAGUUUGGUCACGCCAUCGGUCUGGUCCAUACUUCAGCCAUGGAGUCCAUCAUGAGACCGUACUACCAUGGACCUGUUGGUGACCCUCUGAAAUAUGACCUACCAUAUGAAGACAAGGUCCGCGUCUGGCAGCUGUAUGGUGUCAGAGACUCGGUGUCGCACACAAAUCGACCUGAAAACCCGUCCCAAACAGCAGAGCCUCCUGUCCUGCUCGACCUUCCUGAAAACCGAUCCACUGUACCGCUGGCGCGAGAUGCCCCAGACAGAUGCACCAGUCACUUUGAUGCAGUGGCCCAGAUACGAGGGGAGGCCUUCUUUUUCAAAGGGAAGUACUUCUGGCGACUAACACGAGAAAAGCACCUGGUGUCUCUGCGACCAGUUCAAAUCCAUCGGUUCUGGAGAGGUCUACCAGCCAAUCUGGACAGUGUGGAUGCUGUGUAUGAGAGGCCCAGGGACCACAAAAUCAUCUUCUUCAAAGGAAUAAAGUACUGGGUAUUUAAAGACAAUAUCAUGGAAGAGGGUUACCCACGUCCUAUCAGUGAUUUUGGCCUGCCCACAGAGGGCGUGGAUGCAGCCUUUGUCUGGCUCCACAAUGACAAAACCUACUUCUUCAAGGGCGACCACUACUGGCGCUAUGACGACCACUUGCGACGUAUGGACUUGGGCUAUCCUAAAGACAAUACACUUUGGAAGGGGCUGCCUCUACAUCUCGAUGACGCCAUGAGGUGGUCUGACGGCUCCUCCUAUUUCUUCAAGGGUAAGGAGUAUUGGCGCGUGCCGGGCAGUGAUAUGGAGGCAGAGGCGGGAUUCCCCCGGCUCAUCGCUAAGGACUGGCUGCUGUGCACCGAGAUGCAGUCGGAUUCUCCUGACGCCCAACCCAAAAGUGGAGAGACAAGAGUCAAUGUGCAUCGUCACCUGGACCACGCCGAGAACGGUUACGAGGUGUGCUCCUGCACCUCUGACACCGCCUCGCCUUUAGGUGCGCGCCCCUCACUGUUUCCUCUCUGGCUGCUGCCGCCACUCUGGACACUCUCAUUGGUUCUCCGCUCUGAACUGCUAUGAUGCCAAAGCAUGGGACAAACUGAUUGGUGGAGGACCUGUGGACUGGAAGUUCUUUUUUAACUCAACUUUUAUUUAUUUCUAUCAACAUCGGACACAGACUGUUGCGUGUUUUACAAAACUACAGCAAGUAUUUUAUUAAUAUUCUCAUCAAACCAAACAUCAUGAACCAGCAGGACUAAUGUGUUUCUGAUGGACCACAGUCUAGGCUACCAGUCUGAGAUAUUUAGCGGGUCUGUCGGAUUUCUUGCUUAAAAUGUUUAACUCAGUCAGGGAAUCCUUGCGUCCGUGUUGCUGUGUGUUCUUCAUCUUCACCGCUGAUGCAGGUGUGUCUCUUUGCAGUGCCUGUUUGCUUUUUUAAAAAAUUAAAUGCAGGACUGAUUCUGUUGGACAUUGCUUUGAUCCAGAAGACUUUUAUGACAUCAUCAGCCACAGCAGGACUUGGACUCCCUUGCUGUAAGAUGUAUUUACCUGCACUAUGAAUAUCGGUAACUAUUUGAGUUGGAAGCUUCUGCAGUUAUCACAAAGUCAAGUGAAAUUUGUCUUUUAAGAUGUUUUCUAAUGUAAAAUAUUUUUGUAGAAAAUUUCAAAAACAAAUAUAAUCACACUGUAUUGGCUAAACGUGGUCAUGUGA